CUCGGGGCGGGAAGUAGUUCCGGCAGCCGCCAUCUUGUGGCGAGAGGCAGCGGCGCCGCAGCGACCGGACAGAGUCCGCACCGAAUCCGCGCUCCGGCCCCACGGGCUGGGGGAGCCGAGCAGCCGCGGCACCGGCGGCACUCACAGCAAUUAGCCGCCCUGAUUCCUACUCGUCAGUCCCGACAAAGAGCGGGAGGUGCCGGCCCGCGGGAUGGCAAUGAAGCGGAUUUCCAAGGAGCUAAAUGAUUUGGCUCGUGAUCCUCCAGCACAGUGUUCUGCAGGCCCAGUUGGAGAUGAUGCAUUUCACUGGCAAGCAACGAUCAUGGGACCUAAUGACAGUCCAUAUCAGGGUGGAGUCUUUUUCUUGACAAUACACUUUCCUACAGACUAUCCAUUUAAACCACCUAAGGUUGCAUUUACAACAAGAAUUUAUCACCCAAAUAUUAACAGUAAUGGCAGCAUCUGCCUUGAUAUUCUAAGAUCACAGUGGUCCCCUGCAUUAACUAUUUCUAAAGUUCUAUUGUCCAUUUGUUCACUGUUAUGUGAUCCAAACCCUGACGACCCACUAGUGCCAGAGAUUGCACGUAUCUACAAAACAGAUAGAGAAAAGUACAACAAAACAGCUCGGGAAUGGACUCACAAAUAUGCAAUGUGAAACCUGAUACCUUGGAGUUCAAAUAUCUUGCAUCAUAGCUGGAACAAACUUUUAAAUUACUGAUUUAUGAUUUUACUAUUUGGCUGCCCCCUUGUAAGAUCACAUCUUUCAUACCCCUCUUCCCAUCCCUUAACCCUAUCCUCUCCUUAUUCCUCCUCCUCCACCCCCAUUCACAUGCUCUUGUGAGAAGGCAGUUUAGUACUUCGUGCUUGGAAAGACCACUGGAUUUCUAAUGUAGUUCCAUCAAUCAUCUGAAAUUUUGACCUCCUUUAUAUAUGGAGCAUGUGUUAAGUGGCCAAUACCUUCAUAAUAACUUGGUUAUGAGAUUAAAACCAGUCUGUAUUGAAAUAAGUGCUGAUUUUUACCUGAAAUUAAAUGGGUCAAAUUCUUUUCUUUAAAGAUUGCUGUAUUAAUGGGACAGCAUCUUUCAUUUUCCCCCCAAUAAAAUAGUAUUUGAGUCUAUUUACUUCAUGCUCAUAACUUUGUUAUGAAUGGUGGAUUGGUUCAGAACGUUAUAACGUCGACAUUAAUUAAAAUAUAUGCUGUAUUUUAUGCAUGUUAAUAAAAGGAAUGACUUAAGGUUUUCGUUGGUUUUACGCAGAAUGGAAAUGGAAGUUACUGUCUCUUAAUCUUCCUCCCCAAGCGAACAAACUCAAAUCAUUUUGUAAAUUUCAUUUACAGUACUACUUUUUACAAAACAAAAUACAACUAUCAGUUGAUCUGUUUACCACAACACUUUUACAUGGCACUGAGUAAUGGUUCUCAUUUUAUGGUAGACCGAUCAACUAAUAGCUUGUAUUCAUUGGGUUUUUCUUUUAAUAAAGUUGCAUAAACCAAUGUUUGAGCAGCCUGGAUGAAUGGAGUACAACCUUUUAAGGUACAGCUAUGUUGAAGUGAUGAUAACUUUAAUUGGUAGCUUUUCAAGGUUAUUUAUGAAAACAGUUUUGCCAAACAAUUCAAACCAGUAGUUUUAAAUGCUUUAGUACUCAACCUUGGUUCUCUAAGCACUCUAUUCUAUAUAGAGUUCAUGUUCACAUAGGAGUACAAUGAUUAUUAUUUUUAGUUGAAAUUUUAAAUUAAAAUAUAGUACCAGAAAUUAAUCAGCUAUAGGCUUAGUUUGAAUUUGAGUAUAGGUUGAAUGAUGUGUAACAUGCAGACAUCUGCAGCUAUAAAUUAUUUUAUAUACUUAAAGCUAUCUUGUGGGAUUGUUGCUAAUGUUUACAGUCAGUUUUGUUGAGAGACUCGCUUUUUGUUAAAUAAUUUUAAUUAUUGGAAGCCAGAAACUGUAAAUUGAAAUGAAUAUGUCCCUAUCUUAAACAUAGUUUCUCAUUUUUUUGACAUUUGUUUACAAUCUUAAAAAGACUUUUGUGAUUUCAUUCUUUUAAAAGAAAGAAGGAAGUGAAUUAUGAAAAUCAAUGUGUUUCAAUUUUCAAUGUGUAGAUGUAAUUCGUAAGAAUUUAGAAUGAUUUUUAUAUAAACUGUAAAUCUCAAGGCAGUAAUGUUACUACAAUAAAGUUACAGCAAGGGUUUAAAACUAGAAAGAAUUCUGGACUACAGCAAAAUUGGAUUUCGCUUUCAAACUUUUUAAAUGAUUAGCCUUAUUUUACUGGAGUUUUAACUUGCAUUUCUGAUCUUAUUUCUGAUCUAGCAGUUGAGUCUAUUAUUUGAUGUAAACUUAGCUCUUGUUUCAGACAUUUAAUCUUGCUGAAAUAUUUGUUGAUUUUUAAAUUUAUGGACAACUCUUUGAAGGGGAGGUGGACUGUGAAAAGGUGACAUGGUAGUUUACAGUAGCUAUUGGCAAAUUGUCCCGUGUGGUAAGUAUCCCCAAUGCAAAUCCAGAGAUCUCUACACAUAUAGUAAGUUGUACUUUAGCAUUCUACAAUUCUAUACAACAUAAGCACAAUGAAAUAUUUUGGUGACAUCUUGGGCUUAAAUUAUUUGAUUUGUUCUAAUCAGGCUAAACUUGUCAAAUGCUAUGGUAUUUUAAUUCCUUGAAGUCUGUGAUUCUUGCAAGACUCAGCAUUCUCUUUUCAUUGUUAUAGUUUUACAUGAUGCCAGCAAUUUGCUUUGGGCUGAAUUAAUUUCUUCCCUGCCCACCCCCACCCUCCUAAA